AUGAAGGCAAAAGUCAAUAUUCGGGUGGAAUAUGAGGGUUCCUGUUCCAUCAUAGUUAUGGAUGCUGGAGAAAAUCGUAUUAAUGAUGAUUUCGUAAAGCAAUUCCACGCUGCUCUGGACGAAGUUGAAAAAAAUGAUGAUGCCAAGGUCUUAAUAACCACUGGAACUGGCAAAUAUUAUUCAAAUGGCCUGGAUCUCGAUUGGUUAAAAGAUCAGACUGCCCAGCGAAUGACUGAACUUCGGUUUACAUUAAACAAUUUACUAGCUAGGAUCUUGACAUUCAAAUUGCCGACAAUUGCUGCUGCUAACGGACAUUGCUUUGCUGGUGGAGGACUGUUAUUUCUUGCUCAUGACUAUCGUAUUAUGAGAAAGGAGAGAGGCUGGUUUUGUUUACCUGAAAUACAUCUAAAGAUGACAUUUCCUCCGUUUUGGACUCAAAUUUAUAGGUACAGAAUUAGCGAUAAAAAUGUUCUACGAGAUAUUGUAUACCUUGGCAAACGAUUCACCGCCGAUGAAGCAGUCAAAAGUAAAUUUGUAGAUUUGGCCAUACCGGGCGACCAGCUCCUUAAAUCUGCAAUUCAAUUCGGUGAGAAACAAUUAGCCAAAGCUAAUUUAUCACCGGAAGUCCUCCAUUCCUUAAAAUUGGACAUGUUUGAAUCGGAGCUCAAAUACUCCAAAUUAUAA